CCUCAGGUCGCGACCCUGGCGCGCCGCCCGCGUGGUUGGUUAUGUGGUCGGGCGUCCGCUGCUGGCUCCCAGUUCUUGAGCGAGGGUUCCUCAACCUCCGGCGCCAGCACUUUGCUAGCACUUGGGGUGUUCUUAGGGGCCCGAUGGCUGAAACACUCUCGACUGAGACCCAGGCAGCGAGCGAGCUGAAGGUUCCGGCUCAGCAAAACGGAGACACGCGUGGCGAUCCGAGGGCUGCACAGCCCCCUGGCAGCCCAGAGCAGGCGGGCCAGGGAGUGGAGCCGGCCCCAGGGAAUGGGAAGCAGGUCUCAGGGAGCGGGGAGCAGGCCCCAGGGAGCGGGGAGCAGGCCCCGGCUGCAGCUGUGGGCCCUAGCAAGCGGAAGAAGAGGCGGGGCGCAGCCGGGGAGCGCGUAGUGCCGCCCCCGAAGAAGCGGCGAGCUGGGGUGAGCUUUGGCGAUGAGCACUUUUCAGAGACCAGCUACUACUUCGAGGGAGGUCUGCGCAAAGUGCGACCCUAUUACUUUGACUUCCGAACCUACUGCAAAGGCCGCUGGGUGGGCUACAGCUUGCUGCACGUCUUCAGCACUGAGUUCCGAGCCCAGCCCCUUGCCUACUACGAGGCCGCGGUCCGAGCUGGGCGCCUGCACCUCAACGAAGAGCCAGUACAGGACCUCAGCAUUGUGCUCAAGGACAAUGACUUCUUGCGGAACACAGUGCACAGGCAUGAGCCACCAGUCACAGCAGAACCUAUUCGCGUACUAGAUGAAAAUGAAGACAUGGUGGUUGUAGAUAAGCCUUCUUCCAUUCCUGUCCACCCCUGUGGCCGAUUCCGGCACAAUACGGUCAUCUUCAUCCUGGGCAAAGAGCACCAUCUCAAGGAACUGCACCCAUUGCAUCGGCUGGAUCGCCUCACCUCGGGCGUGCUCAUGUUUGCCAAGACUGCAGCAGUCUCAGAGAGAAUUCAUGAGCAAGUUCGGGACCGGCAGCUGGAAAAAGAGUACGUGUGCCGGGUAGAAGGGGAGUUCCCCUCGGAGGAAGUGACCUGCAAGGAACCCAUUUUGGUGGUGUCUUAUAAGGUAGGCGUAUGCCGCGUAGAUGCCCGGGGCAAGCCCUGUGAGACAGUGUUCCAGAGACUGAGCUACAAUGGCCACUCCAGUGUGGUGCGAUGCCGGCCACUCACGGGCCGCACCCACCAGAUCCGAGUCCACCUCCAGUUCCUGGGCCACCCCAUCCUCAAUGACCCCAUCUAUAACUCAGCUGCCUGGGGCCCCUCCCGAGGCCAGGGCGGGCACAUUCCCAAGACAGAUGAGGAACUGCUGCGGGACCUGGUAGCAGAGCACCAGGCUAAACAGAACCUUGAUGUGCUAGAUCUCUGUGAGGGUGACCUGUCAUCAGGACUCACAGACUCUGCGGCUCCCUCCUCAGAGCUGGGCAAGGACCACCUCGAAGGGUUGGCUGCAUUUGCCCAGAAGAUGGACGGAGCAGUUGAGGCAGCUCCUCAGAAUCUAGACACAGUGACUUUGGCACCAGGGAAGACAGCUGAAACCAAUGUUGCAAAUCAAGAGACAGACCCCCUCUGUUCAGAGUGCCGGCUGCUGCGACAGGACCCCUUGCCCCAGGAUCUGGUGAUGUUCUUGCAUGCCCUGCGCUAUAAAGGGCCGGGCUUUGAGUAUUUUUCACCCAUGCCUGCCUGGGCACAGGAUGACUGGCAAGAAGACUGAAGAGUGGAGAGAGUGCUUCUUCCAUGAAACAGGGAUGGGCCUUGGCAUAGGAGCUGACCACAUGGACUGGUACUCAGGGUUUCCACAGGAGAAAGGUUGGGCUCCAAAUAGACCCGCUCAUACUUGAUAGCUCCUUUCUUCCUCUCCCUCCAGCUAGAGCUUAGGGACUUUUUGGUUUAUAAAUAUAUAAUUUUUUUCUGUCAUUUGGGCUUCUUACUGCUUGUUUCUUUUUUCUUUCCUUUUUUUUUUUUCUAAAAUGUAUACAUUUAGUGCAUUCACAGAGUGGUGUAACCACCACCUCUUACUGAAUUUCAAACAUUUUCAUCACCCGAAAGAAAACUCAUAUCCAUUAAACAGUCACUCUCCAUUUUCCCUCGCUCCCAGCCCCUGGUAACCAAUCUAUUUACUGUCUCUGUGGACUUAUCUGGACAUUUCAUAUAAAUGGAAUCAUAAUAUGUGACCUUUUGUGUCUGCUUUCACUUAACAUAAUGUUUUCAGGGUUUGUCCUAUUGAUCAAUUUACAGCAUGUGUAACUACUUCAUUCCUUUUUUUUUUUCAAAGAUUUAUUUAUUUAUGCAUAUAAGAACCAGGUACAGUCCAGAGGUGCGGGGGGCGAGAGGAUUCACCAGAGACAGAGUGGGAGACCAGAACAGGCAGUUCCACUGAAACACACUGCUGAGGGGAGCAACAGGUCGAAGCAGGAGAGGUCCGCUGCACCAUGUGGUCUCUCCCUAGCUGGCCGGGAAUCGAGGGAAUCAAACUCUGUGCUGCAGUGGCUGGCAGCAGCCCAACAGUGCUAUCUUUAACCCCUGCACCACCAGGAGGUGUUCCACUUCAUUCAAUGACGUUCCACUUCAUUCCUGUUUUAUGGUUGAAUAGUAUUCUCUCAUAUAAGUGUACUAUUACACAUUUUGUAUAUCCAUUCACUAGUUCAUGGACAAUUGCCUAUUUAGGCUUUUGGAAAUGGUGCCGCCCUGAACAUUAGUGUACCAGUUUUUGUUUGAGUAUGUGUUUUAAUUUUUUCAAGUAUAUACCAAAGAGUGGAAUUGCUGGGUCAUAAAGUAAUUCUAUGCUUACCUUUUGAGAAAUCACCAAGCUGUUCUCAGUUUAUAUUCCCACCAUCCCUGAUUAUAGGUUCCAAUUUAUCCACAUCCUCACUAACACUGGUUAAUUUCCAUUGUUUUAUUUAUUUUUUUAUUUUUUUAAAAAUUUAUUUAUUUAUGCAUAUAGGAGCUGGGGUGUGGGCCAGAGGUGCAGGGUGGGAAACGAAUGAGAGGAUUCACUGGAGACAGUAGAAAACAGAACAGGCAGAUUGACUGAAAUACACUGCUGAGGGGAGCAGCGGGCCAGUCAGGAGAGGUCUGCUGCGCUGUAUGGGUAACUCCCUGGCCGGGGAUCGAACUCAUGCUGCAGUGGCUGCAGAUAGCUUCAUAGGUUGCAUCUUCAUCCUUUGCGCCAAAGGGAGGUCCUAGUUUCCAUUGUUUUGAAUAUAAUUAUCCUAGUAGGAGUACAGUUUUGUGAUUUUGAAUUGCAUUUCCUUGAUGAUUAAUAACACUAUCUUACCAUGUACUUGUUAGUGAUUUGUAUUUCCUUGGAGAAAUGUGUAUUCAAAUGUUAUGUCCAUUUUAAAAUUAGAUUGUCUUGUCAAGUUAUAAAAGUUUAUAUAUUCUGGAUACAAGACCCUUAUAUGAUUUGCAAAUAUUCUCUUUUAUUUUGUAGGUUGUCUUUUCACUUUAUUGGUAGUGUUCUCUGAUUCACAAAAAUUUUAUUUUUUGUAUGUGAUAAAAGCACUUAACAUGAGAUCUAACUCUUAACAAAAUUUUAUGUGUAGUAUACAGUAGUGUUCAUUAUAGGCACAAUUUUCUACAGCAGAUCUCUAGAAGUUAAUCAUGUUGUAGAAAUGAAGAAUAGCAUUUCCCCAUUGCCCUCCACCGCUACCCCAAUUCCUGGCAUCACCAGUCUACUCUAUAUACUUCUAUGUUAUUAGCUAUUUUAGAUACCUGAAAAGAAAAACUCAUUUUCUUACCCUCACAGAAUAUUCUAUACUUUAAAUGUGUUGGGGUUUCCCCACACUAAGCAAUUCUCUGACACUGGUGUCCUACAAUUUAACUCAAUUUUGACACUACCAGAAAAUUGGAUCAGAACUUACAAGUUAAGGACUCAGUCCCACAAGGCCCCCCUCCUCCUUCAGAUGCCAAUUCCAAGUGCAGGUUGUCAGCUGUGCUUCUGAUCAACCAGCUAUAAGUCAGAGGUUCCCACAACCUUUUCUGUGGAUCCAAUCAUUUACUAAAAUGUCUGACAAAAACACAGGAAAACAGUUUACUAGAUUACUGGUUUUUUAUGAAGGGUAUCGAAAGGGUAAGAAAAGGGUAAGAAAAAAGAACAGCCAAAUGAAAAAGUACAUAGGGCAAAGUCUGGAUGGAUCCUGAGCACAGAGCUUCUGACCCAUGGAAUUAGGCACAUGAAUGAUUUUUGUAUACCAACUGGAAUGUUCUCUGAACCUAGUCAUUUAGGAUUUUUAUGGAGGCUUUAUUUUUUUUUAAGAUUUAUUUAUUUAUGCAUACAAGAACUGGGGUACAGGCCAGAGGUGCAGGGGGUGAGAGGAUUCACCAGAGACAGUGGGGAGCAGAACUGGUGGACUGACUGAAAAUACGCUGCUGAGGGGAGCAGUGGGAGAUAUAAGAGAGUUCUAUUGUGCCAUGUGAGUUAACUCCCUGGCCAGCUGGGGCAUUAAACUCAGUGCAGUGCUGCAGAGGCUGCAGUGGCUGCAGAUAGCUUCAUAGUGCUGUGACUUAACCCCUUGUGCCACCAGGGAGGCCCGGAGGCUUUAUUUCUUAGGCAUAGUUGAUUAAAUCAUUUGGUAAUUGGGGGGCUGAAAGUUCUAAUUCUAAGUUCUAACUCUAAGUUCUAACUCUUUUUAAUCACUGAGUUGAUUUUCCUGGCAACCAAUCCUGUCUUUAAAGAUUUUCCAAAAGUUCUUACCAUAAACUCAGGUGUUACUGAAAGGGAAUUUUAUGAAUACCAAAAGACCUUUAUCACUUUUAGGAAAUUCCAGGGGUUUUAAGAGCUCUGUGCCUAGAAAUGGGGGGAGGGGAGAACUAUCAAAUGCAUGUUUCUACUAUGAAUCCCAGUACCUCAUAUAUGAGUGGAAUCAUGUGAUACUUGUCAUGUGACUGGCUUAUUUGCUUUAACAUAAUGUCCUCAAGUUUCAUCCACUUUAUUGCAUAUGGCAAGACUCCAUUUUUUGAAAUUGCAUUCUGUAUGUAUGUGCCAUGCUUUCUUUAUCCAUUCAUUUAGCAAUGGACAUUUUGGUUUUCACAUCUUGGCUGUUGUGAUAUGAUAGCCGUGACUUGGGAGUGCAAAUAUCUCUUCAACAUCCUGAUUUUGGAUUCUUUGGCUAAAUAGUCAGUUUUGUAUUAUGUAGCACAGAGAAGGCAAAGGUUUAUCUUCAUCUUGAAAUUUAGCUGAGAUGCUAAUAAAAAGGCAGAUUAAUGAGAAAAGGUUCAUUAACACAAGUAUGCACCAUCGCACAGGAUAAACCUAAACCACACUUAAUUCAAAAUGGUACCUUAGAAUUCCAACUUACAUAGCGUUUUCAAAAAAAAAAAAAAUUCCUAGAGAAAUGAUAGGGCAAAGAGGAGCAGGCAGCAGACUGGGGAAGUAAAUACACGGGCUCAGCCUGAGAGCGUAAGGUUUGUUUGCAGAUCCUUUGAUGUCUCUAGGCUAAGUGUCUCUCUUCAAUAAAAGGAGAAUUUUUGUCUUGCUUUCAGACAGACAAGGGGGAGUUUUUUCUGGGUUUGCUGCUUAAUUGCCUUCAGCUCAAAAUAAUUAUAUGAAAAGGUAAUACCUUUUUUUUUAAAGAUUUAUUUAUUUAUGGACACAAGAGCUGGGGGACAGGCCAGAGGUGCAGGGAGUGAGAGGAUCCACCAGAGACAGAGUGGGGAACAGAACAGGCAGAUUGACCUAAGUACACUGCUGAGGGGAGCAGCAGGCGAGACAGGAGAGGUCUGCUGUGAUGUGUGGGUAGCUCCCUGGCGGGGGGAGGGUGAGAGAAUUCACCAGAGCCAGAGCAGGGAACAGAACAGGCAGACAGAUGAAGUACACUGCUGAGGGGAGCAGCGGGCAGCAGGAGAGGUCCGCGCGCCAUGUGGGACCCUUGCCCGGCAGCUGGGGAUUGAACCAGUGCUGCAGAGGCUGCGGGCAUCUUCGCAACCCAGCGCUCAACCUCUGCAUCACUGGGGAGGCCCUUGUUAUCUAUGUUUUUAUAGUUGCCAUCAAAAUGGGUUGAAGAGGUGCCUCAUUGUGGUUUAAUCUGCAUUUCUCUCAUGAUUAAUGAGCAUCUUUUCAUUUAGCUUUUGGCCAUUUGUAUGUUUUUGGAAAAUGUCUAUUCAAUUCCUUUACUCAUUUUUAAAUUGGGUCAUUGGUUUUUGCUAUAGAGUUGAAGAAAUUCCUUAUAUUUUUAAGUUAAAAAUUUUUUUUAAAGAUUUUAUUUAUUUAUGCAUACAAGAACUCAGCGGGUGAGA